UCGGGUGUUCGCGGCGCUGGCAGGAUCCGCGGCCGAGCUGGCCCUGAGGGAAGGAGGUUGCAUGGCCGGCGUUCCCGGGAAGGGCCGCGCGCUUAUGGGCCCGAGGCGGGUGUGAAGACUGAAAGCAUGUUUCCCUCUGAGACCUUCAUCAACUGUUGUUAUACAGAAUGCCUUUAAGCGAAAAGAACAGUGUUGUUUUUGCUUUUGAGUCAUCAGUGCACAGUUCCAACGUCCUGCUGAGUCUUAACGAACAGAGAAAGCAAGAUCUGCUUUGCGAUGUUACCAUCUUAGUGGAGGAUCAACGCUUUCGGGCCCAUCGCUCGGUGCUUGCAGCCUGCAGUGUCUAUUUUCGUUCAAGAAUUGUGGUUCAAUCGGAGCCAGUUCUUAUCAUUACUUUACCUGAAGAAAUCACACUGAAGGGAUUUGACCCUUUGCUUCAGUUUGCAUAUACUUCUAAACUUAUUUUGGACAAAGACAAUGUGGCUGAAGUAUGCAAGUGUGCAGAGUUCUUGGGAAUACAUGACAUUGAAGAAUCUUGCUUUCAGUUUCUCAAAUUCAAGUUUCUGGACAAUAAACCAGACCGACUGGAAUACCAAAAAAAGAAAUGUUGUAAACAACGUUGUCAGAAGGAGUACUGUAAAAUAGAUGCAGCAGAUGAUGGGGAUUUAGAAAUAGAUGAUGGAAAUACUUCACAAAAUGAAUGCAUUCAAGACCCUCAGUUGAAGGCCUCCAAAACUGAACAAAUUGCAGAAGUGCCUCUUCUGCAUGAUAAUGUUAACCAGACAUGUGGAUCUGUAUCAGAAAAGGGAUUUGUCUUUGGUUUAGAGACCCAAUGUCCCAAAUAUAGGAAGUUUCAAAAAGCUUUAGGAACUGAUAAAAUCCCAGUUGUUGAGUCUAGUUCAAGUAUUAAAGAAAUUCAGGUAACGUCUGCUGUAGGCAUUUAUCAAACUGAUGCAAUUGCAAGUGGUGCUAUACAAAAAACCCUUGAAUGUGUAGCUGUGCAUUCAGAUUCAAAAUGUGCCAAUGCUCAGGUAAAAAUGGAAGAUGAUGGGAAAGAAGAGUUAUUGAAAGAAACAGUCUCUGCAUUCCAAAGCAUUGGCUCUGCUUCAGAGAAAAUGGAUUGUGCUUUUGAUCCCCACAAUUCUUCCAUUGCCACUCAUGGAGCAUGUCCUGCUUCUUUCUUAAAUCCAUAUGAUCAAUAUUGUAUGCAAGGAGGCAUGCAGAGCAGUUCAGAGGUAGCAGAAAAAAAUGGAAUUGUCACCAGCAAUUUUGGGGAUUGCCAACCUGUUGGUGAAAGCAUUGAGGAGAGCUCACCUUUGAAAUCUCAAUUGUGUGACAGAGAAGACAUGAAUAGUGCUUCACCUAACAACCGCAGCAGUGUGGAGAGGGAGAUAGCUGAACAACUUGCAAAAGGUUUUUGGAGUGAUGUUUACAGCACAGAUGCAGCCUGCCCAGUAAACCUGUCUCCUGCCUCAGUGAAAGAAUUUUCAGAGCAAGGCUGUUCUGAAAAGAAAACUGAGUGUCCUUGGUUAGGCAUCCAGAUUAGUGACAGCCCUGAGCAUGGUCCUCCAAGAACUUUUGCAACUUUGAGCUCCGUUACUUGCCCUUUCAUCAGUAACCUCAGUAAUGAAAACAGUACUGAGUCUGGAGAUUGUGUUUCAGAACCACAACCUGAACAAUGCCCUUAUCCCUGUGUGAUAAACCUGGAAGAAGACUCUGAAACUGAUACUGAGGGCGAUAGUGAAUCCUGUUCUGCCAGAGAACAAGAAUGUGAGAUAAAGCUGCCAAUGAAUCCACAGAAGAUAAUUUCACUUUCUAGAAAUGACUUUCAGUCAUUUCUAAAAAUGCACAAAUUGACACCAGAAGAGCUGGAUUGUAUCCAUGAUAUUAGAAGGCGGAGUAAAAAUAGAAUUGCAGCACAGCGCUGUCGUAAGCGAAAGUUAGAUUGCAUUCAAAACCUUGAAUCUGAAAUAGAGAAACUGCAACAUGAAAAAGAGAACUUGCUGAAGGAGAACAAGCACAUCUUGUCGACACUGGUGGAAACAAAGCAGAAUCUGACAGGACUUUGUAAACAAGUAUGCAAUGAAGCAGCCCUGAGUCACGAGCAAAUACAGGUUCUUGCAAAAUAUUCUUCCUUGGAUUGCCCGCUUUCAUUUUUUAUUCCAGAGAGGAAACAAUCAGAGCCUUCUGAUACCAUGCCUGCAGUGCCACUGUGUGUUGAAUUAUCUGCUGGUCUUUCUGUUGCAUCUCCUAAUGAGCAGAGUUCCAGUUAUCAGCAUGUAAAAGGAGCAUCUGAUGCAGGAUAUGAUCAAGUGCAAGAAUUGUGUCCAGUUCCAGUAAGGAUAGCUGACAAAACCUUGUGUUUAGAGCAGUGUGUGCAAAGUAGUAGUGGUAUAACAGAUUUUUGUCAACAGAUGACUGAUAAAUGCACUACAGAUGAAUAAUCUUUUUAUCCAACUCAGCCUAGCAGGAUUGAAGCACUAGUCAUUAAGUAGAAAGGUAGGCUUUUCCAUAUAGGCAUAUGGAUUUCUUUUUAAUUAUGCAUCAUCCCCUUUCACAUCUAAUUUCUUUUAAGCAGAUAUAUCAAAAUCCAUAUGGCGGUAAUACCUUUAUUAGGCGAAAAUGCUGUCCUAGUUUCGCAACAUGCCUUAUCAGAAGCAAAAGGGAAUUCCUGAAGUUUAGAUACUUUCACUUGCAAGUGCAUUGAAUAAAAACCUUUCACAUAUUUAAUGCUCCUAGAACUCUUGAGUUCGGUGUGUUAAAAACAAAGAAAUAUGGUAAAAGCUCACAUUUUUGAAAUGUGAGGCCAUUGCAGUUGUGAAGCUUAUUUCCAGAAGGUACCAAAUUCAUCUGAACAAAUUUUAAAGGAAUUGAAAAAAAUCGUGCUGAGGAUAUGCAUUCUUUUACUGUAAAAAGCAAUUUUCCAAACUAAGUACCAAAGUGAUUUGAUACUUUUUUAUUUGAUCUGUACAUGAUAGCCUACUCCUAGCCAAUAGUGUACUGCCACUUAUAACUGAUUAUUCAAUUUUUAUGGAUUUGGUCCAUUUUGGAAACAAACUCCACAUUUGAGACCAUGCCGAUUCUUAACAGAUUUAUGCCUUUCCAUUUCCAUAAUCAUGGAAAUGUGUACUUCCUGCUUCAAAUUUGAUAGGCAGUUGUCAUACAGAGAAUCAUACUGAGCAAGUGUUUUUGAAGGAUCUCAGUUUUUACCAUUGAUAGUGGGACCAGUUCACCUAUAUUUGAAAACUAUUAUAUCAAAUUUAUACUUUUAUGGGUAAAUCUAACUAACUGUUCAAACUCAGUUUUCAAUGGCAUGUACUUCUGUUUUUCUUAUUUUAUUUUAUUUUAUUUUUAGAAAUGAGCCACUUUGAUUCUUCAGCAACUUUAGCUAAUAAAAUAAGCAAAUAGAUCAUUUUACUAUAGGCUGCUCUGCAUUGUAGUACUUACAGGAAAAUCUAUACUAACAACUGCUCUUAACAACAGAAGCUUUAUCUACUGAACCUCAAAACACUUAUGCUGGUUUACAGACUGUAAAAGCCAAUGGAAUUCUUCACUUCCUACCUCAGUACAGACAUCAGUUUUAUAUCUGUGUUUGGAAUACGAUCUUCUUUCUAUAAUUGUUUACUUUGCAGAAGUUUAGAAUAGUGAAUCUCCUAUCUCCUCUAAAAUGCAAAAAUAUUGAUUUAGUUUAAAAUGAUUACAUUUCUAUAAAAAUAAACUUACAUUUAGAAAAUGUAAUGUAAACAUACAUGGUGAACAUUUGGUCAAAUGCAUCAUCUGAACAGUACUUUUAAUAACCAGCACGUAUUACAGAAACCUACACUACCUCAUAGAGUGAUUUCAAAAUCAUUCAGAAAUUAGCAUUAAGAAUUUACAGUGUACAGACCUUUGACUUCAUUGUGGAAGUUCCUUUCUAAGUUCAUUUUGUUUCUUCUACUUAUGUUCAUUUUUUGUGAUAAUUUAGGGACUGAUUCUUAACACAGAUUUCGGUGACCUUUUUCUUUUUCUUUGUUUGGUGUUGUGUGCAUUUAGCAGGGACACAUGCCAUUUUUUCUAGGAAUCAGUACUUUCCUAUUUCUCCACCCCGUUCUUUUUGGACAAAUCAGUUUGCAGUGCCAAAUUUAUUCAACAGCAUCUGAACAGCCACAGUUUCUCCACUCCCUAUCUGUACCCUGAGUUUAAUUUUAUUUUGAAAGGUUGUAAUAUUGACAUUAUUGUUUUUGAAAAUCAUAGGUAUCAACACUGUGCAUUCUGAACAAUGUCUCUAGAAACUGGAUUUUCUGCAUAUGUCAUGGGUGGGAGUCCUAUGGUCCUCUAGAUGUUAUAGAAUGCAACUCCCAUCCUUCUUCAUUGGCUGUUUUCAUUAGGGCUGAUGGGAGUUGCACUUCAAGAAUAUCUGGAUGGCCAUGCAUUUGCCACCUCAUAUCUGUGGACUGACUAGUGCUGAAGUUGAAAGGAACAGUCUUGAUUCAAGUUUUUGUUUCACAAAAUUAAACAAUAAGACACAAGGAAGACUGGAUCACUGCCCAGGAAAAUAAUAAAAGGGAGCCUUGCUUAAUAAAUAUUUUGCAUCUGAAUUGGAAUCUUCAUUUCAAUUCAAAUUCUUAUAGGAAUUGUUAAAUAUGCCUAGUUUCUAGAUUUGAUUGUGGGCAGUGGAGAUUAGGGUGGGGGGAAUUGAGGUGGCUUAAGACCCAUUCAGCUACCUCUUGGGAAGUUUGUACAGUGAUAUUUCAGGUUGCAUGCAAACACUGAAACAAUAUAUUACCCGCUUGCAGAUAUUAAGAAUGGACAUCAGUGGAAAUUUUAAUAUACAAGAAUCUCAGGUAAAACUUCUGUUUUGCAAUUUCAGCUAACAACAUUUGGUUUGGACAUAUACAAUAUUUGCAUCAAGGCAUGUAAAAUUUUUAUGUAUUUUGAACAGAACAUUAGAAGUCCUAACAAUAAAUCAGCAUAAGGAUUGUAAAAAAAAAGAAAAAAAGACCCCCUGAAUUAUUUACAAUUGAUUUUAUAUCUUUCAUAGUCCAGUGUUUUCUAAUGCAAUAAAAACCACUAUCCUUUCUUAAGAAGGUCUUCAUUUUUGUAAACGUUUGGCAGUGUACAAUUGAUGCAUACUAUUUGAUUCAUUUAGUACUACUAAAGCUGAACUCUGGAAAUAACAUUAUUUAUACAGUUUAUAUAAUAUAUUAAAACAGCAAAUAUUACUGAAUUGGAAUAAAACUUCUAAAAGCAAA